GUCUACUUCGGAUUUCUGCACGAGCUACACGUAUUUUACUUAUUUCCGUACAUAACUCAACAUUGAUAUUUGCACGAAAUAACAAUGGUACCAUUGUUACUGCUAUUUACAUUAUUAGCAAUAGUUGGUUUUGUUAUUUCUCGGUGGAUCUAUGAGUAUGUGGGGCUCCGACAAAAAUUGUCAACGAUACCUGGACCAACAUUAUUACCAUUUGUUGGCAUUGUUUUAGAACGAAUGAGAAUUCCAAAAGAAGAUGUAUGGCAAUGGUUUAACGAUUUGUGUUUCAAAUUCGAAUCUGGAAUGGUUCUAGCAUGGGUUGGUACACAACCAAUCGUGAUAUUACGUAGGCCUCAACAAAUGGAGGUGAUUCUACCAAGCAAUACACUGAUAACAAAAGCAGCAACUUACGAUUAUAUGAAACCCUGGUUAGGGGAUGGAUUAGUAACAUCAACAGGUGAAUUAUGGUUCAGCCACAGGCGACUUAUAACACCUGCAUUUCAUUUUGGUGUACUUGAAGAAUAUGGAGCAGUAAUGCGUGAAAAAGUCGAAAUCUUCAAAGAAUGUAUAGAGUCUGAGUUAAAGACUGACCCAAAGGCGCCAAUUAAUAUUUUUGGCUUAGUUGUUAAAUACACUCUAGACACGAUAUGCGAAACUGCCAUGGGUGUAAACAUUGAUACACAACGGAAUCCAGAAAGUGCUUAUGUCAAAGCUGUACACACUUAUGCUCGAUUAACAGUAGAAAGAUUUUACAAACCAUGGUUGAAAUGGAAUGCAAUUUAUUACCGCACAAACAAGGGAAAGGAAGCUUUAAAUGCUGUCAAGAUAAUGCAUAGUUUUACGGAAAAGGUGAUUAGACAAAAACAAGCGGAAAGAAAAGAAAAGUCAUUCAGCAAUAAAGAGUUGAGUGAUGAAGUAGAUGAGUUCGGGAAACGCAAACGCAAAGCGUUUUUGGAUCUUUUAUUAAGUGCAAGUGAAAAUGCUAGCAACCCUUUAACGUUUGAGGAAUUAAGAGAAGAAGUGGAUACGUUUAUGUUUGCGGGUCACGAUACUACAUCUUCGGCUAUUUCUUGGGGUCUGUUCGCUCUUGCUAACGCUCCAGAAAUACAAGCUAAAGUUCAUAAAGAACUGCAAGAAAUAUUCGGAGAUAGCGGCGAAACUGCAAAUUCUAAGCAGUUGUCGGAAUUGAAGUACUUAGACCGAGUUAUAAAAGAAGUAUUAAGAUUAUAUCCCAGUGCUCCUAUGGUCAGCCGACGUCUAACUCAUGAUACAGUCAUUGACAACCAUCAUGUACCAAAAGGAACAUUUGUGAACAUUCAUAUUUAUCAAAUGCACCAUGAUCCUAAAGUUUGGAAAGAUCCUGAAACAUUUGAUCCUGAUCGUUUUUUACCAGAAAACAUUCGUAGCAGGCAUCCGUAUUCGUACGUACCUUUUAGUGCUGGACCAAGAAAUUGCAUUGGUCAGAAAUUUGCUCUGUUGGAGGUAAAGACUGCAUUGACUGCUAUUCUGCGAAAAUGGCAAAUCUCGAGUGUUUUGAAACCGACUGAAAUUAAAAUGAUUCACACUUUCAUAUUAAGACCGCAAAACGAAAGUCUUGAACUGUAUUUUACUCCUAUUGUUAAAUAAUAUGUCAUCUUCCGCACAUCGGACGAGUAAACGUUUUUUGACCGCCCUCAGAUUUUGCAGUACAAGUUUUAGUUGAUUAAAAAAGGUCCUUCUGAGAUUCGAUAAUUGUUGCAAAAUUUAUGUAAAUAUGACUCGCCUGAGGUGGUAAUUUUUAAAAUACAAUGGCGUGUUUGUAAUCGCACAUAUAAGUUAAAAUAUAAAUGCGUAUUAAAUAAAUUUAAAAAAAAUGAAAAAGUAAAUAAAGAUAUUCCAUAUUCUACUUGUCAUGGCCGCGCUACAGACACGCACCAGAUGAAGGACCAUGACACAUAUAAGUCGACGCUUUUUGGUAUAUUCAUCACCGAUGUUUCUAAAAACUUUAAUGUAUGCUACUGUCAUCGUUGGUGGGAAAAUAAAAGUAUAUUGAUUUAUUGA